AACAAAACAAACAAACCCUAAAAAUUCAAAACCCGCUUGACUAACAUGUUAAGAGGUGGUUAAAAAACAUGCUAAGAAAAAGACGACGUUCCACAUCUGGGUAAGGAUUUUUUCACAAAAGCGUACUACUAAAUAAACUACGCGAUGUACUAAAACUACUCUAACCUACUAUAUAGAAUGGUAGUACACCACGACGUACAAGCAAGAACUUUGGCUAGACCAAGGUCUAAGUUGUACUUCCCAUUUCCCAACGCGCGGCUGCUAUAAAAUAAACUGAGCUGGCGUGUGGUAACCACGGAAAUUUCACUUUCUAAUCUCAAUUUCAAACUGAUUAGGAAUAGGGGGAGAGCCAAAUUAUGGCGACGACAACUGCUGCUAUUCUUACCCCGCCAACUUCUUCAUUACCUACCCACCAAGGUCUACAUUUUCAUCCAUUUUGCUUAAUCUCUUUCUGUCUCAUGGGUUACUUCUGUUUGGUUUUAGAGCUGGGUCGAGCUGGUUUUCUAACAAUGUUUGAAUUUUAUCGGUGGAAUUCUGGGUUACAGGAUUACGAGUGUCUACUCGGAGUGGUUUGCGGUGGAACAAUAUUCAGGUGGGUUUCCGCAUUUCUCAUCUCCUUUUUGUUGGCGUUUGACGAUAAUUGUUUGCAGAGUUUUGACAUUUAAUAGAAAGUAGCAGUUUUCCUGCUCUUUUUUUACGGUUCACUGAAGUGAAUAUACUACCUUUUGUGAUGUGCGACUGGUGUUUGAUUAAAUGUUUGUGUGAGGAUAUUGUUUUGGGAAUGUAGGCUUGACUCGUUUGUCUAGGUUAGUUUCUUUCUUGUUGCAUGGUCGAAGCUAAUUCAUGGAUAAUCAGAAUCCUCACUUGAAAUUGAGAGCAACAGUCAUUGCAUUUUGAAUUGCUAAAUCCAGCUCACUAUUGUUUGUUCGAUUAUAAUGUUUAUGAGACUUGGAGCCAUUUAGUCAUUUUUAAUUUGGUAUAUGAACUAGCAAUCUGAAUAUCUGAUGCACGAAACUUUGACGAAUCAGAGUAUAGUUGUGGAUAUGAGCUCAAAUUCACUGGUCUUCAUCAUCUAUGCUAUGUGCUACUUUUGUUAACUGAGUCCUUGUUGCACAGAGAAAGUGUCUUAGAAAAGCUGGUUCUGCUCAAAUUACUGCCAAAUUGGAGUUGAAACCUCCACCAUACCAAUUGGAUGCUUUGGAGCCUCACAUGAGUCGUGAAACGCUGGAAUAUCACUGGGGAAAACAUCAUAGGGCUUAUGUGGAUAAUCUGAACAAGCAAAUAGCAGGGACAGAAUUGGAUGAAAUGACACUAGAAGACGUAAUAUUAUCUACUUACAACAAGGGAAAUCUCCUCCCACCCUUCAAUAAUGCUGCACAGGCUUGGAAUCACGAGUUUUUCUGGGAGUCAAUGAAACCAGGAGGUGGAGGACAGCCAUCUGGGGAGCUUUUAAGACUAAUAGAAAGGGACUUUGGUUCUUUUGAAGAAUUUGUGAAAGAAUUCAAGGCUGCUGCAGCAACUCAAUUUGGUUCUGGUUGGGCUUGGCUGACAUACAAAGGAAAUACACUCGACGUGGGGAACGCCGAGAAUCCCUGUCCAUCAGAGAAGGACAAAAAACUUGUUGUGGUCAAGAGUCCAAAUUCUGUAAAUCCCCUGGUUUGGAAUCACUACCCACUCCUCACUGUCGAUGUUUGGGAGCAUGCAUAUUACCUUGACUUUCAGAAUCGGAGGCCAGACUACAUAUCAACCUUUAUGGAGAAGCUUGUAUCGUGGGAAGCAGUCAGUUCAAGGCUUGAGGCAGCGAAAGCCAAAGUAGCCGAGAAGGAAAAAGAGGAAGAGCAAAGACAGAAAGAUGAGGAAGAAAGACUUCUCCCAAAUGUAGAAAUGGUUCUAGAAAGCGACGCAGAUGAUUCAGACCCUGAAUAAUUUGUUAUUUAGAAUAUAAUAGUAUACUAGGCUUAUCCAUAAUAGUUUUCUCCUAAGAAAAUUUUGUAUGUGCAAUGGAGAAAGUAGAGUCGCGCCCUACUAAAAACAGUGGGGACUGAGACUCUGAGACUGAGGGGCAGAAUAUAUUGAUGAAAAUUUUCGGAGUACAGUAUUAUUUUUGGUCCUUCAAAUUGUUAAUUUGUAGGCUAUGUUUGUUAGCUAAUUGCGACUAAUAUACACAACAGCAUGUGUCUCGAG